GCGUCUGAUGUGGUCGCAGAGAGACCCUUCGCUGAGGAAGAGCGGCGUGGGAAACAUCUUCAUCAAGAACCUGGAGAAAUCCAUCGACAGCGAGGGCCUGUAUGACAUCUUCUCCUCCUUCGGGACCAUCUUAUCCUGUAAAGUGGUCUGCGAUGAAAACGGGUCGAAAGGCUUUGGGUUUGUGCACUUUGAGACGCAUGAAGCUGCUGGAGAAGCCAUCGAGAAACUAAACAGCAUGUUGAUCAAUGAGCAGAAAGUGUAA